AUGCCUGGUGCAGAAAAGAAACCAAGGACUCUUUACGACAAGGUCUUUCGGGACCAUGUUGUGAACGAGCAGGAAGAUGGAACUAUCUUGCUUUAUAUUGAUAGACAUCUUGUUCACGAAGUCACUUCACCUCAAGCGUUUGAGGGUCUUAAGAAUGCAGGGCGGAAAGUGCGGAGACCAGACUGUACUUUAGCCACGGUAGAUCACAAUGUCCCCACCACAUCUCGCAAAACAUUUAAAGAUGUUGAGAAUUUUGUCCAUGAGGCGGACUCCCGUCUACAAUGUAUGACUCUAGAGGAGAACGUGAAGGAGUUUGGCCUCACAUACUUUGGCUUAGGGGACAAGAGACAGGGGAUCGUGCACGUUAUCGGCCCGGAACAAGGGUUUACUCUCCCUGGCACAACCGUAGUUUGCGGCGACUCCCACACAUCAACGCACGGUGCUUUUGGCGCCUUGGCAUUUGGUAUCGGUACGAGCGAAGUUGAGCAUGUUUUGGCUACACAGACACUCCUCACAAAGCGCAGCAAAAACAUGCGGGUCCAGGUCGAUGGUGAGCUCCCACCUGGUGUAACCAGCAAGGAUAUUGUUCUCCACGUGAUUGGUGUGAUUGGAACUGCAGGCGGCACUGGAGCUGUCGUGGAAUUUUGCGGUUCUGCAAUUAGAGGUUUGAGUAUGGAGGCGCGCAUGUCCAUUUGUAACAUGAGUAUAGAAGCUGGUGCUAGAGCUGGAAUGGUCGCGCCAGACGAAAUAACUUUUGAAUAUUUGAAGGGAAAGCCCCUGGCACCAAAAUACGAUAGUCCUGAGUGGAAAAAGGCUGUCAAGCACUGGUCAAGCCUGAAAUCGGAUGAAGGUGCUAUAUACGACAAAGAUGUUUUUAUAGACACGAAGGAUAUCGUCCCCACGGUUUCUUGGGGAACUUCUCCCCAGGAUGUCGUACCGAUUACCGGGGUUGUUCCUGGACCGGAUGACUUUACCGAUGAGAAUCAGAAGGCGAGCGCAAAGCGCGCUCUGGAGUACAUGGGCCUCACUGCUGGAACACCCAUGCAGGAUAUUAUCAUUGACAAGGUCUUCAUCGGAUCUUGCACCAACUCCCGUAUCGAGGAUUUGCGUGCAGCUGCUCAUGUCGUUGAGGGGAAGAAAAUCGCACCCAACAUCAAGCGGGCGAUGAUUGUUCCCGGAUCCGGUCUGGUCAAGCAACAAGCUGAAUCUGAGGGGCUUGAUAAGAUUUUUACUGAUGCUGGCUUCGAAUGGAGAGAAGCGGGAUGUUCGAUGUGUCUCGGCAUGAACCCGGAUAUUCUCUCCCCCCGUGAGCGAUGUGCAAGCACAUCUAACCGAAAUUUCGAGGGGCGUCAGGGAGCUGGCGGCAGGACACAUCUUAUGUCCCCGGUGAUGGCAGCCGCAGCCGCAGUUGUUGGCAAGCUUGCUGAUAUCCGUAAAAUCGAAACCCUCCGCCCAUUGACUCACAGUGUGACUUCGGCCAAGCUUGAUGUCCACGCUUACGUCGACGAGAUUGACAGCGAAUCGGACCUUGAUCGCAUCCUUGACUUUCCUGAAGACAAUGAACCGCACACCAACACCUCCUCCCCUCAUACAACAACUGGCCUUCCAAAAUUUACAACGCUUAAUGGUGUGGCGGCGCCUCUGGACCGUGCGAACAUAGACACAGACGCCAUAAUCCCCAAACAGUUCCUAAAAACCAUCAAGCGUACCGGUCUUGGAAGCGCUCUGUUUUAUCACCUGCGAUUCAACGAGGACGGUUCUGAGAUCUCUGACUUCAUCCUUAACAAAGAACCAUAUCGCAACGCCAAGAUCCUGGUUGUGGGAAAUAAUUUUGGCUGUGGUAGUUCCCGAGAGCACGCCCCAUGGGCCCUCCUCGAUUUCGGCAUAAAAUGCAUAAUUGCCCCGUCAUAUGCUGACAUCUUCUUUAACAACACGUUCAAAAAUGGCAUGUUACCCAUCAUCAUUACGAAUGACGCUGCUUACCAAAGGAUUUUGGGCGAAGCCCGAGCUGGUCACGAGCUGGAGGUUGACCUUCCUAACCAGAGAAUUAGUGACGCCGCAGGAAACAAAUUGGCGGAUUUUGAUGUGGAGGAGUUCAGGAAACAUUGUCUUGUCAACGGGCUGGACGAUAUUGGGCUUACUAUGCAAAUGGAGGAUAAAAUUAAGAAGUUUGAGACCCACCGCUCGCUGGAGACACCAUGGCUGGAUGGCACGGGAUAUCUGAGGCGGGGUAAUGCGAAGAAAGGCCCUGUGAUGGUGCCAGCUGCACCUGUGCCUAAGACUAACAGGGGCGAAGUUAAAGGGGAGCCACUGGAGUGGUGA